GUCGAAGUUGUCCACUGUCAUUCUGCUUUCUCACUUCUUAGUUCUUUCGCCCAAGCUUGAAACAUCUAGUCGUGUUGUAACGUCCAUGGCUUCUAUGGCUUGCGGCUCCUUUAGCCUCUUCCAUGAGCGCGUCUCUCCUCUCCGUCCCACGACGCAUCUCCGGCGGUCUGCUGCUCGUUUCCGCCUAGUGGAGAAAUCUCGCAGGUCCCUACCGCCGCGUUACGAGGCCAACUCAGAACCCGCGGAUCCACCCGUGGCCGAUACUGCUUCGGAGCUUGAGUCUGUUGUGGUGGCCAAUUUUGGCGAAGAUAAUGGUGCCAACAUUUCCCAAAGUGAAUUGUUUCCAGCACUUCCAAAUAAAAGCAUCAACAGACGGAUUGCUCUGACUUCUACGGUUGCUGCAUUCGGACUCUUUUUAUCAUCUAGGCUUGAGUUUGGUAUUUCUUUGAAAGAUCUAUCGUCUGCUGCAGUACCAUACGAAGAGGCUCUUUUAAAUGGGAAGCCUACUGUUGUUGAGUUUUAUGCAGACUGGUGUGAAGUAUGCCGGGAACUAGCACCAGAUAUCUACAAAGUUGAAAACCAGUACAAGGACCGUGUCAACUUUGUUUUGUUGAAUGUUGACAACACGAAGUGGGAGCAAGAGCUUGAUGAAUUUGGUGUGGAGGGAAUCCCCCAUUUUGCCUUCCUGGAUAGAAAUGGGAACGAGGAGGGCAACAUUGUAGGCAGGCUUCCAAAGAAAUAUUUGCUUGAGAAUGUUGAGGCUCUUGCAAAAGGGGAGCCAUCAGUUCCACAUGCCCGGAUGGUCGGGCAAUACUCCAGUGCUGAAUCGAGAAAGGUGUAUCAGGUUACAGAUCCCAGAAGCCAUGGUUAGGUAUAUUUCCAGGCCUAUAGUUAUUUGUUAUUGUUGAAAAUUUUAUGCUGAUCUUCUUGCAAAUAUAAUGCUCUGUCAUAUAUUGUAAAUAUUUUUCUGCGAAAUUAAAAUGCUCAAUUGAUUGGAAGAGCCGACGCUCGUCUUUUAUUGGACAGAAAUCUGAUAAGAAAUUCCUUUGUGAAAAUCA